UUCCUUUAGUACGACCUGCAUAGUCCUCCCAAAGCGGGAGAGUUAUCCGUAUCCGUACGUGUGAGCAAAAGCUUUUUGCUGAAAGUGGGCAAUCACACAUUCACCAUAGAUAGAUCCAUAGAUAGAUAAACCAACAUCCAUGGCAGCAGCAGCAGCUCGCAGAAUCUCCUUUUUGCUCUCUCGCUAUCUCUCUCUUCGUCCCCCUUCUCUUUCUUCCUUUCUCUCUCCAGGCAGAAACUCUGGCUUCGGAAGAGUCACACAGACGUUUAGUACUGCUGCGGUGAUAGAGGAACCGAUCACCCCACCUGUUCAAAUAAAUUAUACUCAGCUUCUAAUCAAUGGCCAAUUUGUGGAUUCAGCAUCUGGAAAAACAUUUCCAACCUUGGACCCUCGGACAGGAGAAGUAAUUGCCCAUGUUGCUGAGGGUGAAACAGAAGAUAUAAACCAUGCUGUAGCUGCUGCUCGUAAGGCAUUUGACGAGGGACCAUGGCCGAGAAUGACUGCUUAUGAGAGGUCACGGAUACUGCUGCGUUUUGCUGACUUGGUUGAGAAGCACAGUGAUGAGAUUGCAGCUCUUGAGACAUGGAACAAUGGGAAGCCCUAUGAACAGGCUGCUAAAUCUGAAUUACCAUUGUUCGUUCGUUUAUUUCACUAUUAUGCUGGUUGGGCAGAUAAAAUUCAUGGUCUAACAGUCCCAGCCGAUGGACAAUACCACGUGCAGACGUUGCACGAACCAAUUGGCGUUGCAGGGCAGAUUAUUCCAUGGAACUUCCCGCUUGUCAUGUUUGCUUGGAAAGUUGGGCCUGCACUUGCAUGUGGUAAUACUAUUGUCCUAAAGACCGCAGAGCAAACGCCGUUAACUGCUCUUUAUGUAGCAAAGCUAUUGCAUGAGGCUGGCCUUCCACCAGGUGUUCUAAAUAUAGUUUCUGGCUAUGGUCCAACCGCUGGUGCUCCUCUUGCUAGUCACAUGGAUGUGGACAAGCUUGCUUUCACAGGAUCAACUGCGACGGGCAAGAUUGUACUCGAAUUAGCUGCAAGAAGCAAUCUUAAGUCAGUGACGUUAGAGCUUGGAGGGAAAUCUCCUUUCAUUGUAUGCGAGGACGCUGAUGUUGAUAAGGCAGUGGAGCUUGCACACUUUGCUCUGUUCUUUAAUCAGGGACAAUGUUGCUGUGCGGGUUCUCGUACAUUUGUGCAUGAACGCGUCUAUGAUGAGUUCUUGGAGAAAUCAAAGGCGCGUGCUUUGAGACGUGUAGUCGGUGAUCCAUUUAAGAAGGGUGUUGAACAAGGUCCUCAGAUCGACGCAAAGCAAUUCCAGAAGGUUCUCGGUUACAUAAGAUCUGGCAUUGAAAGCAAUGCAACCCUUGAAUGUGGCGGUGGAAGACUAGGCUCCAAAGGCUUCUAUAUUCAGCCCACUGUUUUCUCCAACGUUCAGGAUGACAUGUUGAUAGCACAAGAUGAAAUCUUUGGUCCAGUGCAGUCCAUCUUGAAAUUCAAGGACCUUCAUGAUGUGAUUAGGAGGGCAAAUGCAACACGAUAUGGUCUAGCAGCCGGAGUUUUUACUAAGAACGUGGAUACUGCUAACACCUUGUCUCGGGCACUGAGGGCUGGGACUGUUUGGGUGAAUUGCUUUGAUGUGUUUGACGCUGCAAUUCCUUUUGGUGGGUACAAGAUGAGCGGUAUUGGUAGGGAAAAGGGUAUCUACAGCCUCCAUAACUACUUGCAAGUGAAGGCUGUCGUUACUCCUUUGAAGAAUCCGGCAUGGUUGUAAAUCUCUCUCCUAUUGCCACCGUGUUCUGCUCUUAUCGUUGUGUGUUUUGAAUAAAACAGUAUGGCAUGUACAGUUUCGGAUUGCCCUUGAGAAGGGUAACAUCCUUGAAUAAAACUGUGAAGACAUUAAAUGAUGAUGCUCUUGUUUGUUCUUGAAUACUUCACACAUAUUGUGUAUGCAUUGCUGUUGAGCUUCGGUAAUGUAUUAUGUUCCCAUGUGAUAAAAUUUUGGAAGAUGCAAUCAAUUUCUUUAUUUAAGGAUU